AAAAAGAUUGGCUUAACUGGUGUUUUUUCCAUAAAUACUCACUGUUUUCUUUUUCUUUCUGUUUUUCUUCUGUUUUCUCUUUCUUAAAAGAAGAUAAGACAAGAAACACCAUGAUAUAAGAAAAUAACAUUGACAUUUGUUAGAGAUUAAUCAAAAAAUCGCAAUUGCUCGAUUGAAGAAGAAUUUUUUUCAAAAACUAAAAUUAAAUUAACUUAUUAUUAAAAUGAAAUCUCUAUUUUUUAUAAUUGUUUUUAUAUUUGUGGGGUCACAAAAUACUGCACGUUCAAGGUCCAAAAGGAUUAUCAAUAGUGGCGGUGAUCAGAAAUCUACCUCUCCCUGGUUUGUUAUACUGAAGAAGGCUAAAACACAAGGCCUUCAUUGUGGAGGCACAAUUAUUGACAAAUCUUGGGUCCUAACAGCAGCUCAUUGUGUCUAUGGACUUCAAUCAAUAUUUUUGGAAUUCGGAAUAAAAAUUUUUGACGAGUACAAUGUUUCAAUGACAGCAAAAGAAUUUGUCAUUCAUCCACAUUUUAAUUAUACAUUUCUAUUCAACGAUGUGGCAUUAAUCAAACUACCAACUCCGUUAAAUUUUUCCAACCAAAUUUCUCUCAUAAAUCUUCCAGCACCUAAAGAUCAAUACAAAUCUUUAGAAGGCGCACAUGCUGUUUUUUAUGGAUAUGGCACAACAGAUGACCUAAAGCCUAGCGAUUUUUCUACACAUUUAAAAAGAGGUAGUGUUAUUGUCAUUCGAAAUCAACAAUGCAAGACUGAACUAGACAGGAGCACUGUUAUUGAAUCAACACUUUGUGCAAAAGGCUUAAAUGGAAGCAACACAAGCAUUUGCCUUGGAGAUUCUGGUGGACCUCUAAUAACCAAUGAUUCUCAAGGCAGAACCAUUCAAAUUGGUAUAAAUUCAUUUGUGAAAGUAGAUAAUUGUAUGAGUGGUUAUCCAUCAGCCUAUGCUCGAAUUACUUCGUAUUUAGAAUUUAUACAAAAAUCGAUUGGAUCGAAGGAAGUUUCGGAAUCAACUGAUUUACAAACAUAUCUCAUUUCUAUAACUGUUGUAAUCUCUAAUAUCUUGUUUCUAGUUUUAUAUGGACUGAUAGCUAAACACAUCAGACUCAAUAAACGUGUACAAAUUGGUUUGACAAUAUUUGUUGCGAUUGGUUUUUUAUUUUAUUCAAUAGCGGUACUUAAGCUUUUACAAAAUUUUGGAAGCAGAAUUUUGAAAAGCAGAAUUUGGAAAGCAGAAUUUUGACAAAAGAAUUUUGACCCCAGCAGAAUUUUGAAACCCAACCCAAAUAAAAUAUUUAUAAGGCAUAAUGGGGUGAUGUUUACGGGCAUUUGAUAUAAGUCUUC